GGCGGGCCCUCUCCGCCGCCGUGGCGCCGGCCGGGGCGGGGCGGGGAGAUGCGGAUGUCAUGGCCGCCGCCGCCGGCGUCGCGUCCCCAGCGGAUAAGGAGAGAUUCAUCUGCAUUUAUCCAGCUUAUUUGAAUAACAAGAAGACAAUAGCAGAAGGAAGAAGGAUACCUAUAGAUAAGGCUGUUGAAAAUCCAACAUCUACAGAAAUCCAAGAUGUAUGUGCAGCAGUAGGAUUCAAUGUGCUAUUAGAGAAAAACAAGAUGUAUCCCAGAGAGUGGAACAGAGAUGUACAGUACAGAGGUAGAGUACGAAUCCAGCUCAAACAAGAUGAUGGCAACCCAUGCUUGCCUCAGUUUCCAACACGUAAGUCAGUGAUGCUGUAUGCUGCAGAAACCAUUCCCAAACUGAAAACCAGAACUCAGAAGAUGGGAGGUAGUGAUCAAAGCCUUCAGCAAGGAGAGGGAGGCAAGAAAGGUAAAGGGAAGAAAAAGAAAUAAAUCAACAUCUGGAGUCGCUAUUGCAUCGCAUAGUUGUACUUACAAGUGCAGAUGGACACCAUGCAGCAACUUUGAAGUGAAGAUACAAGCAAGAAAUGAAGAUGUGAAGCUGAGUAGAACUGCCUGCUUUUCUCAGAACUGGAAUGCUUGUAACUGCCUUGCAUCUGUGUAACAAUAAAUCUCUUUUCACACAUAA